AUGUAUAUAGCUGUCCGGGCCGUAUUUUCGGAAACAGACAACACCGAACUGAACAGCAUCCUCAACUCUAUCCAAGAAAAGAUCAUCCUGCCGGCAUACCUCCCCGAAAAGCAGCGCAAGCUUGUGUUUGACCCCAAGAAACGAUCACAACUAGAACAAAACCCCAUCAUCAUCGAAGUCGAAGGCCUAGAACACAAAUUCUCCUCAAUCGACCGGUUCAAAGAAGUCGAAAACUCCAAAAAGGCCCUGUCGAGAGCUUUGCACAAGAUGCAGAGUGCCCAAGACUGGGCGAACCUGGGCACGCUCCUGGCCGGCUACAAGAAAGCAGGCAUAAAGUUGAAAGCCAACCAUUGGGGCAAGGUCGUACGCGUCGCAGGGAGAAGGGGACACAUAUUCGCAGUCAUUGAGUGCGCGAAGCAAUUCGACAAGACAGGCCUGGUGAUUCGGACUCCCGAGACGGCCGUCCGAGUUCUCGCGUUUGCCAAUGACAAAAUCACGGAGAGCGCCUGGGAUGCGGGCGAAACGAAACGGGCGCUGAGGUGGGUGGAGACGGUGCUGGAUCUGUUGCAGAGACCGGAAUUUCGAAGCACACGGCAGAAUCUACAUUUUUCGCGGCUCGUUCGGGGACUGGCGGUGUUUUCGCGAGCCUCAGCAGUCAAGGUAGGUCAGGCUGCCGAGCGGGACAUGGCCCUGUUGCGGGAUGAGGUCGCCCUCCUGUCUGCCCUAUGGGAAGGCGCUGUGGACAAGGAUCUUUUUGGAGUCAGCGAAUUCGCCAAGCUCAACCCGUUGGUGGAGAGAAGGGCUAGGGACGAUGGCGAGAAAAUCAUCCCCCAGGCCCUCAACGGGAGCGCCUACAUCCAAGUCUUGACCCAAAACAUCAAGGGAAUCGAGCUGGCUCAAGAGGUGCUAGGCGAUGAUGUCGAGUCGCUGCCCCCCAUUCUCGACACACUGAGGUCGCACCUGCAAGACUUUGCAACCAAGAGCGAGACGAGAACAGAAGCCUGGGCAGACGAGUAUGAGAAAGUCAUGGGCACCACACCCAACUGGCCAGCAGCUGCAGCCCAGGCCGCAGGGGCAUAA